AUCAAGAUCACAUGAGAUUUAUCAAGUCAAUUCGAAGCAUAAGCAACCAGCUACGUGCUUCCAAUCUCCUCCUCUUCUUCCUCCUAAAAUAUUCUUCUGCUAUCCGCCAUUGGAGCAGCUCAUCCCGCCAAAACAAUCAAAAACUAAAUCAGAUGUAUAAAUCUAUCUGGUGAGAGAAUAUUGGGUAGCUCCAUUUUUUUGGCUUCUUCCUGGGUUUCUUAGAGAGCUGCAUCCUCAUAAAAUUUCCAGCUGGACACGGAAAUGGCCGCUAUGUGAGGAGAGAUGAAUCAAUAUGGCGGGGAAUAGCAGAUGCAGCAGGGGAAAGCUAGCUCAAGAUUAUUUCUUCAGAUCAUCAUCCACUAAUCCUACUGCUAAUCCUCAAUCACUCCCUGGUGAGUUCAACUGCUCUGCAUUUGAUUGACAAGAGAGCUGCUCUGCAGCUUUACCAGUUUCUGGGUUUGUUUUUCUGGGUUUAGGCUUUGAUGAUGCUAUUGCAAAUGGGCCAGGGGCCUGGCCCAGUUGGAAGGCUAAAGUCUCUGGUGGUGUUUUGGAACUAUUUUGUGGGGGUCUUGGUCUGUAUUACUGUUGUAAUAUCUACUCCUUUUUCCCCCACCUUCUUUGUCAUUUGCUUAUGCAAGAACUUGAGGGGUAGAGAGCCAUGGGAAUAGCAUUACCAAAAUUAGUACUCUACUUCUCAUGAAAAUACUUCUCUUCUAGUAAGCUAGCCAUUGGUUUAGGUCUAAAUAAUAUGGACGAUUAAAAAACAUACGCAUCUAAAUCGCAUAUAUCAUCACUUUCUUAUCGAUUUGGUUCUUUACAAACUUCGAAACCAACAAGUAAUUUAUCAUAUUUUAGUCGAACUAUAGCCGUUCUAGCUGAUCACCAAUUACUUUAAUUUGUUUUGCUUGCUGCCGAUUCCCCACCUUUGUUAUGUCCAAGAAAACCAGUCAAACAAACACUUCAGAAAAGCUUAAUUAGCCUUCAUCACCGGCACAAGGGAAAACAGCAGUCCUGCCUGGGUAGUGGUAUUCUGAUGAGAGAUGCUUAGCUUGUUGAUAUACAAAGUUGUAUUCCACAUGCAUUUUACUGCAAAAUAAUGAUAGUUUAAUAAGGGAUUCAGAUCCAUUCUUUGUUAGCAUGUGGCAUGGUGUGAUUCAAGCUAAUAUUCAAACAUUUCACUACUAAUAUAUGAAAGAUAAAAUAUGAUAUUAAAAAAAAAUAUAUGAAUGAUAAUAAUAACAAAAGCAAAAAGAGGGAAUGAAAAAAAGAAAAAUAAAAGGGCAAAUAUCAUUUUCAUUCCAUUUAUUAUGUUGUUUCAACAAAUACGUCUGUAUAUUAUGGUUUGUUACUAAUAAUAAGUUCAUGUAGUAUGUUCGUUCUCCAUUGAUCUUUCGAUUAAAAAGUUUGGUCUGUCAUCUUAUUGAAACCAUCAAACAAUGCUUUGCAAAACUGCAUAAUUCAAGAGUCAUAACUCAUAUGCCAUUUAUGUAGAAAUCUUCUAAUCCGUGUCAUAUAAAGUUUAAACUUCUAAUGAAGAUGGAGAACCUGAGAGUCAACUUAAAAGGCAAAACAAUAAAAAUACAACACACCUAGCAACGACAAAUGGAUCACAACAAAUAAACUGAUUAAGUAUGGAUUGUUUCCACUUAAUAUAAUAAAUUACACAUCUAUUUUAUAUCUAGCUAGAUAGACAUAUUUGUGAAAACAACAUAAUGAAUAAACCAUUACAUAUCGGAUUGAAGCCAACUCGAGAACUAUAUAUUACAAAAGAAGUCACAUUCAAAUAUAGUAGCAAUUUUUCUUGGUAUGUAGUAAAUAAAUACUUGUGAUGCUGCAUGCCAAACCAAUUAUUCGAUGACAAAUAUUUAUGUUCCUAGGUAUCACAUUUCCAGUAGCCCCGAAGGUGGGCCAUUUAGGUAAAGUUACCAUAAACAUUUGAAGAUAAAUUCAUGUCAUAUUUGUUCCCAUAUAUAAAAAAGAUUCAUGUCAUAUUUGAAGCAAUGUAAAUGCUAUAGGCAAAGUACCAAAGCUCAAAGUAGGUAAAAGUUUUUUUUCCCCACCAAAUUUGAAAAAAAGGGAAAAUAGUAAUUUCACUAAACUCAUUAUAAUACUGUUUAGGUUUUGUCUAGCAAUGUUUGUAAAAAAAAAGUCAUAUGUUAAACCAAUAUUUAGAGUAAAUAGUAACUAGAAUUUUACGGGUCAAUAAUACUCGUUUUGGAAGAGGAGGAACUAGCAAUCAUAGCUCGACUCCUUCCACUAUUUGGGAAUUUUAUGUUCUGUUUCACUUCAUCAAUAUUUUUUUUUCACUCUAUCUCUCACCAUGCUACUUCGCUAUUAGUCACUAACUAUUACAAAUUACUUCACUAUUUUUUUUUAUUUCCAAUGUUCAUUUAGCAUGUACAUACACAUAUUAUAUCCUCAGACCAAAUACAAAAAAGAAAGAGCAUUGCACCCUAAACUCCACCCCUUAUUUUGUUAGGUUUUGCUUUCUGUGUGGGUGGUGGGGUUGGGUUUCAAAUUUCAUGGGACAGUGCUGGGAUUUUUGUUUCAAAGCUGAAUUAGGCAUUGGACAUGAAGUUAUGUACUUGUGUUUCAUUUCACGCAAAAUCACUUUGUGGGCAAUCCUCUCUCUUUUCCUCUGUUCCUUUUCCUUUCCCCUUUGAAAGGCCAACUGAGCAAAGGCCAACUGAGCAAUGACUAUUUCUCUCCCUUUCAACAUUAUUUCGAUUUCUGUUUGACUGACUAGUCUCCUUCACAUUCCAUUUCCAGAGUUUCACCAUUAGGCUUCUCUCAUCAAGUGAAUUGAUUGUGAUUGAUCAAUAUAUAUGUGAUGGAUUUGUAGAAAUCAAUGUAUUUCACAUGAGGAGUUUCCUACAGUAAUACACAAUUUGCUUGUAAGUUGAUAAGAUGGCUCUUCCUAUCCGGAUGAAACUCAUUGGAUAUCGUAUUAGAGUUGCAUACUACAGUGUUUGAAAUCAUAAUUUUUUGAUUCAAAAUUCGACAUCACAAUCACUCAAUUCAAAUAUGAACCGGUUAUCUUACAUAAAAUUGAAGGUCAAAUACAAAAACUAGGAUUAAAAUAUUACCCAUUUUCUAAAACCCAAAUUCCAAAGCCAGAGAGAAACCACCCUAAGUAAAUACAAAGCCAUUAAUUGUAAUUUAAGUAAAAUUGCAAGUACCCAGAACAACAUUUAAUUAAACUAGGCAGCCCCAAUUCCCAACACCACCAUUGGACUGUGAAAGUCGAGAUCUUUUUAUAAAAAGUAAAAAACAACAUUCAUCAGAGCCGUGGGCUUCCAUUCCAAACAACAGUAAUUUUCUCAAAUUUUUUAACCAUUUACCCCAUCCAUGGUAAAUAAAUGAACCUCCAUUCCAUCACUCUCCCCUUCCUUUUUCCCAUCCCGGCCCCUACCAUAAAACUUGCUUACUUGCAUGUCAUAUUGUCACUCCCAUGGCGAAAGCAAGACAGUUUAUAUAAAGCUGACACAUUUCUUUCCUCCCGCAGCAGCUAGCUAGCUAGCCGGCCGGUGAUCACAGGAAUUAGUCACCCAUAAAAAAAAAUGGAACUACAAAGAUGGUCGGCCCCGCCGCCGGCCACUAGGCGGAAGAACGGAUGCAGCGGCGGCGACCAUCAUGACGACAAUCAUAGAGCUAGAGGGGCGUCGCCGCGGAACGACGACGUAUCGGAAUGCUGCUGCAGCCCGUCGUGCACCGCGGGGGCGAUAGCCGACUGCGUGGCGCUCUGCUGCUGCCCCCUCGCCGUCGUCAACUUCCUGGCCCUCGCAUUCGUCAGGAUCCCCUGGACGGUGGGGCGGCGCUGCAUUGGGACGAUCCGGCGGAACAGGAAGAAGAAGAAGAAGAAGAAGAGGAAAGGUGCGCUGAUGAUGGAGAUGGUGACGUCAGCCGGCGGCGGCGGGGGGCGGAGUGACUUGGAAGAAGAAGGGAGUAGUGGGAGUGGUGGAAAUGGGGAGGAUGGGGAUGUGAUAUACGUGGUCGAGAGGUCGGACGGUAGCCGGAGCUUGAGGAUGGUCGGGGAUAUUGACGAGGAAGAUGUCGCCUGCGGCGGCGGGGGGCGGCGGAGGAGCGCCAAGUAUGAGGCGGAGAAGGUUUGGUUGGAGCUCUACCAGGUUGGUCAUUUGGGCUUUGGUAGGGUCUCUUUCACUGGAAUCUCCACUACCCUCUCUUGAUUACUUCCACUUACAAUAAUUAUAUGGAUUAACGCUAAUUAAAUUACCAUUAUAUUUUCCCCCCUUUGUAAAUCUUCGUUCUUUGGGCUCAUCUCAGAAUGUGAAAUGGGCUCCUAACGAAGUUGGUAAAUGGUAAUUGUGGUUGAUUGAAGAAAAUGCGGUAAAUAAUAGGAAAAUCGCCUAAUUAAUGAAUGAAUGAUGGUUCGUGUUAGUAAUUUUUACUUUACCAUUGGGGAAUUGAUUAGUGCAUGCAAGUGGUUCUCUUCAUGACCUUCACGUUGAUCACAAAAGUGUAAUACUAAGCAAAUUCAACUGCCCUGAUGAAAGGAUGAACAUAUGCAUGAAUUGAUGUACCAUAUGAAUUUCUAUUCUUGCACUUUAAGCUGCCAAAUUCGCUCAUAAGUGUUAUUUGUAAGCAUUAUAGAAAAUUCACAUAACUAGCUAAUGAUCACAAAAGCUUAAUAUAAAGCAAUUAGACUAUAUGUUGAUAGAGGCAUAUAUGCAUAAGUUGAUUGAUUCCGUCUCAUCGUCUAUCCUCGUGCUUUUUAACCGUUAGAUCUACAUGUAAAUGUUACCGAAAAUAUCGGUUCAAACUCGCAAAACAAAAUGAUGAUCACAAAUGUGUAAAAGACUAGUCAAUAUGUCAAUCGUAUUGAUAUAAAAUGGACAUUAAUGC